AUGGCCGCAACAAGACUACAACAUUAUGCUAUAUUCCUUCAGGCAUUUUCAUUUGACAUAAAGUAUAAAUCAACCAAAGACAAUGUUAAUGCUGAUGCACUUUCAAGACUACCUAAAAAUGUUGAAGAAGCUGCUGUUAUUGACUCAGCCGAUGUUCAUGAAAUAGAACAAAUCUACACUUUACCUGUCACAGCUGAAGAAAUAGCAAAAAAUACACAAUCUGAUCCAGAUCUUAGAGAUAUUUAUCAAUCACUAAUCAGAGGGGAGCCAAUCCAUCACCCGAUGUCUUCUAACGAACAAGAAUGGUCAAUUCAGCUUGGAUGCUUAUUAAAAGGGAAUCGUGUCGUGAUUCCCAAACAACUUCGUGCAAGAAUUUUGAAAGAACUUCAUGAGGCUCAUGUGGGUAUAGUUCGCAUGAAGGGACUAGCUCGUUCGUAUGUUUGGUGGCCUAAAAUUGAUGCAGACAUUGAGCAUAUGACCUUAAACUGUUUGGGAUGUCAACGAGUACAGCAUGAAUCACCCAAAGCACCAGUUCACCAUUGGGAAUAUCCUUCAAGGCCUAUGCAAAGAAUUCAUGUUGAUUUUGCUGGACCAUUUUAUGGCCAUUAUUUUCUCCUAAUUGUGGAUGCCUACAGUAAAUGGCCAGAAAUUGUAACACUUACAACCAUAAAUUCACAUAAAACUAUUGAGGCUUUGCGUAAAUUCUUCGGCUCCUUUGGAAUCCCUGACAUAUUAGUGUCAGACAACGGAAGGCAAUUUGUUUCAUUAGAGUUUGAAAAAUUUCUUAAAUCAAAUGGAAUUAGACACAAGAGAUCAGCACCUUACCAUCCUGCUACUAAUGGUCAAGUAGAACGCUAUGUGCAAGACUUGAAAGAUACCAUCAGAGCCAUGCACUUUGAGGAAGGCUCUAUCGAAAUAAAACUGCAGAGAUAUUUAAUGGCCUAUCGAAGAGCUCCACAUAGUACUACAGGACAAUCUCCUUCACAUCUCUUUAUUGGACGUCAAAUUCGAUCAAGACUUGACUUAUUGUAUCCUGAUUUGUCACAAAAAAUGAACCAGAAGUUUGACACAGACUGUGACAGGCAAAAGUCCUUUAAAGCUCAAGACCGUGACAGGCAAAAGUCCUUUAAAGCUCAAGACCGUGACAGGCAAAAGUCCUUUAAAGCUCAAGACCGUGACAGGCAAAAGUCCUUUAAAGCUCAAGACCCUGUCGCCUACCGCCUCUAUGGAACCUGCAACAAAUGGGGGUUUGGAAAGAUCAACAAAAAAGAAGGACCAAGAAAUUAUGAAAUAACCACAAGCAGUGGCCCAAUCAGACGACAUCAAGAUCAAAUUAGACGCUCAGGGAGGGACUUGUGUGAAUUUUCAUUAAGGAAUGAGCAAAAUCAAGUAUUCAUACCAACAAAUUUUGGAGAAGUCAGAGAGGAACCAACCGAAAACCACGCAACAAAUUAUCACAACAUUAAUCCAGAGGCCAAUGAUCCCAAUAUACCAGAUGAUCCAGAGACCAGUAACAACAUGUCAGAUGUUCCAGUGGCACCAGAGACCAGUAACAACAUGUCAGAUGUUCCAGUGGCACCAGAGACCAGUAACAACAUGUCAGAUGUUCCAGUGGCACCAGCUUCCGCUAUGACAGUGAGACGAUCAAAACGGACACAUAAACCCGUCGAUAGACUUAACUUAUGA